AAAAAAAAGAGGACAAAAAAAAAAAAAAAAAAAAAGAAACGGUGAGGUUCAGUGAGCAAUUACAAUUUCGUUUCCAUAAACCCGCUUGUUUCGUCUUUGCCACCAAAGUGGUAUCGCUGAAUCCUCCGGGAUAGCCUGGUACUCCUUCGGACGGAUGGUUAAUUACGGGUCAGGAUAACUAGGUACCUUUUCACCGGGGGUCGUUCCGUUCAGGGACGUUUGUAUUUACUUGCCGGCUUGUUUGUUUGCUGCCCUUUUUUUUUUUUUCUUCUCUUUUAUAUUCUGCCUGUCCUCGUGUACCUGCAGGCAGAUCUCUUUUGGUCCCACCUGCAUUCUGUCUGCUUGCUUUGUCUUGUCGGUCGAGCGUUUACACGUACAUACAAAAAGGACACCAUGGGCAACCAACCCUCAAGCCUGCAGACUUGCCUCAGGGACGUCUGUGCUGGCCAGUCCGGCUGCGUUGGUUAUGCCGCCUUCAACAACGACCCGCUCUACCAGCUCACCUGGGUCAAGCCGUACAACCUCGAUUCGACCGCCGCCGUGAGCCCCAUCGCAGUCGUCAGACCGAAGACGGUGGAGCAGGUGGCUGGUGUUGUCAAGUGCGCCGCUUCGAAUGGUAAAAAGGUCCAGGCCAAAUCUGGAGGACACUCUUACGGAAACUAUGGUCUCGGUGGCCCAAACAGCACCGAUGUCAUCACCAUCGACUUGGUAAACUUCCAACAGUUCCGCAUGGACAACGAGACGUGGAAGGCGACAAUGGGAGCUGGCCAUCAGCUCGGCGACGUAUCCAAAAAGCUGCACGACAACGGCGGUAGGGCAAUGGCUCAUGGCGUGUGUCCCGGGGUCGGAAUCGGCGGCCACGCCACCAUUGGUGGCCUCGGAGCCAUGUCUCGCCAGUGGGGAUCUUGUCUGGACCACGUGCUCGAGGUGGAGGUUGUCACUGCCGACGGCAAGAUUCAACGGGCCAGCGAGGAGCAAAACUCGGACCUGUUUUUUGCUCUCAAAGGUGCGGGCGGCAGCUUCGGUGUGAUAACCGAGUUCGUCAUGAAGACGCACCCAGAGUUCGGCAAGGCGGUGCAGUACAUGUACUCGUUCACGUUCCAGUCCAUGCGCGAACAGUGGCGCAUCUUCAAGGCCUGGCAGGACCUCAUCGGCGACCCGGACCUGGACCGGCGGUUCGGCAGCCAAAUCAUCAUCACGCCGCUGGGGUGCAUCAUCGAGGGCACCUUUUACGGCAGCCAGGACGAGUUUGACGCCACGGGCAUCGUCGGCAAGCUCCCGUCGACGCGCAACUCGACCGUCCAGGUGACGGACUGGAUGGGCACCGUGGUCAGCAACGCCGAGCGCGAGGCCCUCUUCGUCUCCAACCUCGCGUCGCCCUUUUACUCCAAGUCCCUCGGCUUCCGCCAGCAGGACCUGCUGUCCGAGGACGCCAUCAAGGACAUGUUCAACUACAUCGCCGACACCCGGACCGGCACCCCCAUCUGGGCCAUCAUCUUCGACCUCGAGGGCGGCGCCAUCAACGACGUGCCCAUGAACGCCACCGCCUACGCCCACCGCGACAAGACCAUGUUCUACCAGUCCUACGCCGUCGGCAUCCCCCAGGUCUCCAGCACCACCCGCAGCUUCCUGUCCGGCUUCCACGACCGCGUCGCCGCCAGCAUCAAGGACCGCGACGCCGCCGGCGCCGUCGUCUACGCCGGCUACGUCGACCCGGCCCUGGGCGACGCCGCGCAAAAGUCCUACUGGGGUUCCAACUACCCGGCCCUCCAGCGAAUCAAGGCCAAGUACGACCCCGAUGAUGUGUUUCGCAACUACCAAAGCGUUCGGCCUGACGCCAACGCAAAGAGCGAGGAUGAGAACGGUUCUGGCUCUAGCCCGACGCAGAGCGGCGCUAGCGGCCCUCAAACCACCGGCGAAAGCAAUGACGAGAAUCUUGGGUCCGUCAGCGGCCCAUCAUGGGCACUGCUCUCGCUGUGGCUGAUGGUGGCCACGAUGGCGCCACUUUUGCUUUGAGAAGGCUUGUUAUAUACCAGGUGGCUUGGCAUUGUUUACUGCUUCGGAGCCCCUCGACAAGCCUUUGUCAGGGGGGCCAUGACUUGAAAAGAGCGAUCAUAAUACACAUAACGACCUGACGACACGCGAUUGAUUGGCUUGGUCACGACAGAUAUAGAAUUUGGCUUCAUGUUAUUUAAACUUCAUCAGAUUGAACAAACCCAAUACUUAUGCUUACAUGACUUAUAGAAACACUGUUUUGAAGCG